AUAAAAUAAGUCAUUUUAAAGUCAUCUGCUUGUAUUCACUUGUACGCUUAAAAUAACCGUAUCCGGCUGAUCUGGCUGUCUGUGGGCUGUGAACCAAUCAAGCGGUAUCUGAACUAGUUUUACACAACUUGAGACAUAAGAAAGCUUAAAAAUCAAGGUUUGCAGCCAGAAAUUAGUAAAAAAAAAAGGGAUCCGGAAAGCAACAUAAUGUCUGAGAAAUGAUAGAGACUAAAAACAAGGAUAAACAAGAGAGAGACAAAAAGGAGACACCAUACUAGUUUUCCUCUUUGCUAGAGCAGAAUAGCAAUUCAACAGCUAAAGCUAAAUUCUCAAAAGCACGCGUUAAAAUAACCUAAAAUCGACUUGAAUCCAAGAAUAAAAAAAGGAGUGAUUUGAUUCAGAUGAUCGAACUGGUACACAGGAAAAUUGAAAAAAAUGCAAGUAUUGACUGCAUGUUACUUUAGGGAAGUUCCACAGACAAGUCAGCUACCCCAUAGCAAUCACUUCAAGGACAAGUGAUUCGCUCAGCAACAGCUCUCACCAAACUAAAUGCUUCACCCAUUCUUGCUUGCACAUUUGUAAGUUUCUCUAGCCAAGGCUCAAACAAUGAUACAACACCUCACUUACAAAACAUCACCUUUAGUGCUACCACUAUACGAGUUAGGAGGCAGGAGACAUAUAUGAGGAACCAGUAGCACCAUACUGUAACCUCAUCUUCUCUGAUGAGAAAGAGAUGAUGAGAGAGGGUGAUGCACGUGUUACGCUUCUAAGAAGCAAGCUCCAUGGCCUGGUCGAAAGGAACCGAGAUCUGGAAGAGGAAAACAAGCAAUUGAGACACCAAGUGAGCCAAUUAAAAGGUCAGAUCUCCUCUCUCGAAGGCCAGGAAACUAAUAAGAGGAUGCUGUGGAAGAAGCUGGAGAAUUCUGCAACCGGCAUCAGCUACUCCAAGGAAAAGCAGUUUGUCCAGAGCAACGAUGGUGCUAAGGAAGCCGUAGAUCUCAACAGCUCAUUGUCUCACAGCAGGCAGCAAUUCUCCAGUGUAAACCAAGUGAGAUCAAGGGCGCCAAGGGUUCCAAAUCAACCUCCCAAUCCGACAAGCACCCAACCAAAGGCAACUGUGAGAAAGGAAGGAUGCAUGGCCCCUCCUCCUCCUCCUCCUCCUCUACCUUCCAAGUUGCAGAGGAGCACAAAGGCGAUACAAAGGGUACCAGAGGUAGUCGAGUUGUACCGGUCGCUAGUGCGGCGUGAAGGCAAAAAUAAUGCAAAGUCUGGAUCCGUAGGAAUUCCAGCAGCAACGAACAGCAGAGAGAUGAUCGGGGAGAUUGAGAACAGAUCAGCUUAUGUUUUAGCUAUUAAAUCAGACGUAGAAAAUCAAGGCAACUUCGUGAACUUCCUCGCAAGUGAAGUUCAAAACGCAGCAUACAAAAAGAUAGCUGACGUUGAAGAGUUUGUGAAGUGGCUUGAUGGGGAAUUGUCAUACCUUGUGGAUGAAAGAGCAGUGCUAAAACAAUUCCCCAACUGGCCCGAGAAGAAAGCAGAUGCCUUGAGAGAAGCAGCAUUCAACUACCGCGAUCUGAAGAACAUAGAGUCGGAAGCAUCAUCCUUCCAUGAUGACAGGAGAGUGGCCACACCUAUGGCUCUCAAGCGCAUGCAGGCAUUGCAGGACAAAAUUGAACAAGGUAUUCAUAACACUGAGCGAGUAAGGGACAGUGCAAGCGGAAGAUAUAAGGACCUUAAGAUACCAUGGGAAUGGAUGCUCGACUCUGGAGUCAUAAGCCAAGUAUGUCUUCCUUUCACACUAAAGAUGGCUUCCUUGAAGCUUGCAAAAGAGUACAUGAACCGCAUUGUGAAGACACUGAAGUCAGAUCCAUUUGCGAAUGAGGAGGAGCUGCUUCUGCAAGGUGUCCGCUUUGCCUUCCGCAUACAUCAGCUUGCUGGUGGCUUUGACGAAGGAUGCAGAAAGGCAUUUCAGGAACUAAAUACUAAUGCAAGCAAGUCAGAGUGAUCCGAGUUCACGUGGGUUCAAAUAAAAGUCGAGAUCACACAUAGAUAAAUAUGACACACAUAGAUUAUCAAGUUUUGCCGAGGUUGGCUCCAAGGGUCUCCACCAAGACUUGAUGAUGGUGCUGCAUCUUCUAAAGUUUAAUUUAUUUGGCAUCAGGUGCUGAUCUCUUGGAUACAAGUUGAGGCUCUGAAAAAUUUCUAAACGAAUCGUACAUAUGAGCAGUCGAGCACAAACCUAAUUCA